AAUUAUACUUUAUGCAAAAUAAAAUAAAAUUUUAAGUUUUUUCAAUUCAUUUUAUUUAAAAAUUGAUGUAAAAAUAAAAAAUAAAUUUAUAAGGAGUAUAUUUUAAGAAAUCAAAAUUUUUACGAAAUAAGGAGUGAAAAGACUAUUUUAUUUAAUAGAUGGAGUAAUUUAUAAUUGAAAAGACUAUUUUAUUUACUUAAAUCCAAUCACUUCUGCUAAGUAAGCAGCUGAUAAGCUCCCAUGAAUAAAUAAUGAAGUCAUUUCUGCUUUCGUUUUGGUAAGGGGAGCACUAACAUGGCAGGAUAAUGAAUUUGGGAGAGAAGGUGCAGAAGUUCUUAAGGCGGACUUCUUUGGGUGGAAAUCUUGGACUUCGUUUGUUGUGGCUUACUAUACACUUUUUCAUUAGUAUAUGGUACUUUAUGUUGGAAACAGUUCAUGCCCUUGAGAGUGUUCUUAUAUCAAGCGGCAUUUUUAAGAGUUACAAAGCCUUAAACGUCAGCAAAAUACGACACUUGGCGAUUGUCAUUGACAGUGAAGAAGCCCGGGAAACUUCAAAAAUCCUAGAACUUUUAGGGUUUCUUGCAAAUAUUGGUGUGAAAAGCAUCUCCCUCUAUGAUAGUGAAGGAGUGCUUAAAGAGGCCAAGGAAGCCAUCAAGCAUGAACUGAACCGGACAAAAUUCUCUCAGGGAAAUUCAUUACCCAUUCCACUUCUACAAAAAUAUACGAAUCUAGAAUUCCUCUCAUUAGUUGAUGGAAAAGAAGCGUUGGUCGAAGCAGCUAAUUUCCUCUUUGUCAAGCAUUAUUCUGGCACAAAACUGGGGAAGCACACUUUUACUGAGUCAGACAUGAGUGAUGCAUUGAGAGCUAUUGGUUGUGGGGGACCAGAUCCCGAUCUCUUACUAGUUUAUGCGCCUGCAAGAUGCCACCUGGGGUUCCCACCGUGGCGACUACGGUACACAGAGAUUGUGCACAUGGGACCAUUGAAGUCCAUGAAGUUCGGAUCCCUCGUGAAGGCAAUUUAUAAGUUCACCAUGAUUCACCAGAAUUACGGCAAAUGAAACAUUACAAGAUGGAUCCGACCCCAAGCAUUCCCUUUGUGUAGUAAUAUUGAGUAUUCACAGGAUGAUGAACCAUAGUUUUUUUUUUUAAAAAAAAUUCCCUAUGGGGUUUUAUUAAAUUUUCUUUUGUAUGGACAUAAUGCGAUCACAUUACCAAAUGCAGAAAGAAUCAUGUGUCAGUUUCAUUAAGAAUUUUGCAUCACGAGAAUGACUACAUAUACUCCCCAUUUUAGUAUUUUUAUAAUAUUUCUAAAUAAAAAAGACUUGUUUUA